GAAGUAGAUGUUUGGUGUUGAUCACAGUGUGUUUCCAGAUUAUUUGUGUUCUUCUGCUGAUCAACAACAUACUGCUGCACAUCACCAUCACAGCAGAGACAAUGAUUUACAAGAACAUGUUUGAAGAGUUCAAGCAAACCAUCAACAGAUUACAGGACAAUCACACUGAACUAAUGAUUGAAAAAUACCAACUACAAGACAUCUUCAGCUCUUUGAGCCAGAAAAAACUGGAAACCAGAGUCAAAGAUCUCAGUGCUGAGAAAAAAACAGUUACAGAGAGAUUUUGAUUCUUUGAAUAUGAAGGGCCCAGUUUGUUUUUUCAUGUCCACUGAGUUGAAGAGCUGGUCUGACAGCAGGAAGUACUGCAGGGAUCGUGGAGCUGAUCUGGUCAUUAUCAACACUGAAGAGAAGCAGAGGUUCAUAUCUUCAAUAGUCAGUGAGAGAGUGUGGAUUGGUUUGUCUGACACAGAGAACGAGGGCAUCAUGAAAUGGGUGGAUAAUUCAACACUGAAACAAGGAUUUUGGCUCAAAGGUGAGCCAAACAACUACUAUGAGAAUGAAGACUGUAUUGAACUGAAUUAUAAAAGAGAUCAGGUGGAAAUUUCAUCACUGAACAGCUGGAAUGAUAAACCAUGCUCUGAGAAGAAAAAAGGGUAUUUGUGAGAAAUAGGAUUCAUCCCGUCUCGUGGUUUUGCUUUUAUUAUCUAAUAUAAUCAUUCUUAUUGUAAACACAUAAGUUCUGAUUCAGUUCCCUGCCUUUUAAAACACUCAGCUGUCAGCUGAUCUGAAAUUUGUUAGAAGGAAAAUGUCAAAAUGUCAUUGUUUUCUUACUAUAAUAUUAUAAUUAUUACUAUAAUAAUCUUCUGUUUCUCAUGGUGUGAAUUCGGGUGAUCUGGGACACAAAACCUCUGAUGUGUUCAUUUUUUGCUCUAACACAAGCAGCUCUAUAUUAUGAUCUUAGUUUAGCUGUUAUUGUGAGUGUUGAAGUGAAAAUCACAGUAAACUACAGAAGUCUAAAGUGUCUAAAGUGAUUACCCUGAUUCACCCU